AUUAAGCUUCGAAGGAGAUCGCGCCGAAAGCUGGUGAGAGAGCAAUGAAGUUGAAAACGAUCACAAUUUCAACAGUUGGAACUUUUUCUGCAAUCAUUGGACUUAUUCUUCUAAUAAGAACACUGUCGAUUAAACCUAGACCUCAGGCGAGGGUUGUUUGUAAAAAACAAGACAGAGAUUACAUUCAUGUGAAUGGGGAUAGACUGAUCCGAUUUCAGGAUGCUCUCAAAUUUAGAACAAUAUCUCGGGAAUGGGGAGAUCAAGAGUUCCAGGAAUUGAAAAAAUUACAACAAUUCAUAUAUAAAAGUGAGUAUUAUACAUAUAACGUGAUCAGGUCAAUAUCCGAUGUAUGUCCUAUAAUGAUGUCAUAGGUCAAAAACUUGUUUCACCAGUCAUUGACUUGAUUAUUGGGUAAUAAAUUCGACGUAACGAAUGUCAUAUACAUCUUCAAAUAAAAAUGCAUACUGUAGUAAUUUGCAUUGUCUCAGAAAAAGGGAAUAUUCACAACUACAGACUGUCUGUAAAGCUAAAACAACUUAUGUAGCACGUAGAUGAGAUUUUUUACCAAAGAAUAUUUUAUAAUAACCAUUCUGGAGAAUCAAUUUAUACAAUAUUUUAUAAAUAGUUACUCAAUCAUUAAAUCAUAAAAAAAAAAGAAUGAGGAAAAUUCCAAGGACAAGUACUUGACCGAUGACAAGGUCUUUGACAUUUAUUUCAAUAAUAUAUUUCAAUUUGUUACUGAUUGAACCUAUGUGACACAUAAUUUACAUUCACAAAUUUUAAAGCUUAAUCAUUUAAAGUGAGUAGCAUCUAUUUUACAACUAAUAUGUUUUGGUUGUAAAAUAUUUACCAUAUAUAUACUUUAUUAUUCCAUUUAAAAAAAGAGACUUAUAAAUAGACUUUUCUCAAUUAUUCAAUGAAACUAGGCGUAGUUUCUGUAUCUAUGCAAACCUAUUAAUUUAGUAGGACUUAUAGAGAUAAAUAAGAAAAAAAUUGAUUUUUUUGUGCGCAAAAUUUAAGCAUUUAGAGGAAUUCUUCCUUUUCUGUUACAAUUGACUAACAAAAAAUUUAUUCAUUGUAACAGUACACUAUUUAUAAAUAGCUAUGUGUUAUAAUCACAUACAAAGAAUAGCAUACUUCCAAGUAAUUCUUAAGUUACUACACAACAAAUGUCAUUCAACCUUGGAAAUUUUUUUCUAACCUAAUUAUCAACUUGAAGUGUGCUUUUUAAGAAAAAAAAAGAGUAUUCAUUUCAAUCAAUUAUUAUGUAAUAUUAUGUAUUCAUUUUGAAGUUACUUUCAAAAAUUUGGGGGCAAUGCUCUAUAAAGCGGGCAUUGCCUCUUCGUGUUAUCUGUAGGAUAUCAGGUUAUUUUCUAUAUUCUUUUUAUAAUAUUUUAAUGCCAUUUACCGGGUUAGUAAACUGAAAAUUUAAUGAUUUUUAGUACAGGAAGCUGUUACUGCAAUUAUUACAUUCAUUUCUUAAAAUAGCUAAUCAUCAUUAUAUUUUUAACUUGACAGGCUUUCCUCUGCUACAUAAUAGCUCGCUGGUCGAGUUUGAAAUUGUCAAUGAAUAUAGUCUUUUAUAUAAAAUUGAGGGAAAAAAUUCUUCCCUGAAGCCGUUCAUGCUAACAGCUCAUAUGGAUGUAGUUCCCAUCGCUGAAAGUGAAAAUGAAUGGAUCGCUCCGCCCUUCUCUGGGGAGAUAAUAGACGGAUUCAUUUACAGCAGAGGUACAAUAGAUGAUAAGAAUAUGGUUAUGGCUAUUUUGGAGGCUGUAUCGUUCGCUUUGGAAUCAGGUUUCGAAUUCGAAAGGACUUUAUAUUUAGCGUUUGGGCACGAUGAAGAGGUCGGAGGCUUCACAGGUGCCAAACGUAUUGGUGAACUAUUGGGUAAACGAGGAGUUGAGUUGGAAUACUUAUUGGACGAAGGAACAUUUAUCAUUGAUGAUGUUGUUCCAAAAUACUUACUGGAUAGUCCAGUUGCUAUUUCACUUAAAAUUAAGAAGAUUAGUUUACUAAUUGCAAACAACAAUCCAAUUUGCAGGAUCAGUGUUGCUGAAAAAGGAAUUGUCACAUUAAACUUAUCAGUUACAACUGAAGGAGGCCACUCGUCUAUGCCACCGCGUGAAAAUUCAAUCGUUAUACUCUCCCAAGCAAUUGAACGCCUUCACAAUCAACUACAACCAAAUCUUUUUGGAUCAGGACCCGAGAGACAAUUCGUUGAACAUCUCGCUCCAUACUUACCUUUUUACGCACGAGUCAUUGCAGCAAAUCUAUGGCUCUUUAGACCGUUGGUUGCAUAUGCGUUUGGCAGAAAACCGUCAACCGAUUCCAUUUGUCGCACAACUACUGCAGUAACAAAGUUCAAAUCUGGAAUAAAAGAUAAUGUAGUUUCCCCAAAAGCUGAGGCUUGUGUCAAUCAUAGAAUACAUCCUGCUGAUAGCGUGAAAGACGUAUUAGAUAGAGAUAUUAGAAUAAUUGGCGAUAGUAGGAUAAAAACAACAGUUAAAGUUUCUUUAGACCCUUCUCCAGUUUCUCCUUCUGAUGAAACAGCUUUUGGUUAUCAUGCCAUAGCCGAAAGUCUCAACCAAGUAUUCUCAGAUAUUAAACUUAUAACCGCUCCGUCCACAAUGGUGGCCAAUACAGAUACACGGCAUUACUGGCAUCUAACACAUAAUAUUUAUCGCUUCUCACCAAGUAAAAUGAAAAUGGCCGAUUUAAAAAGAUUUCACGGUGUAAACGAAAGAAUAGGAGUCAAGAAUUAUGAACAAACAGUUAAUUUUUAUUAUCAUUUGAUCCUCAAUUCAAAUUCUGAACGUUUAAGAAUAGUUGAACCACAUGAAGAGUUGUAG